AUGAGGAUCCACAUUGUGGCAACCAGGAAGGAAAUGAAGGAAGUGAGGGCACUCAAGAAGAUGAUGUUGAAGCAUCAUCUCUUUUCUAUGUCAGUUUCUUUCUUGGAUUUUUCUAUGGCUUUUGGUGGACCUUCCGCUAAAAUUCUCUACACAUACCCUGACUCCGUUAAUGGGUCAGCGUCACUUCAAUCCCUCACCAAGUCCCUGCGGCAUUCCCAGGCUCUGGGCAAGAUUACUCAUCCUUUCUUUCAUGGCUUCAACACUCUUCUGGUGCGCAUCCUUGUAUGCUUCAGUGACCAAAAGGGAGAGUUUUUUCAGCUCCCAACUCCAUUGCAGCCUCAGUUAUCUCAGUGCGCACAGGCUGCUGGUUACCAGAAAGUGUUACCUUUAUUAGCUCACCUUCACAAUAGCCAUCAAACUCUGCUGCAGCAAGUUGUUGGUGCAAGAUUGGAGGACCCCGCAUUGUCCGAUGCACUUCAGGCAUGCCCAAAUCUGACGCAUCUAUCUCUGCUUGCGUGUGAGGGGUUGAGAUCUGUUUCAAUUGAGCUGCCCCAGCUAGAGCAAUGCAGACUUGAUUUUUAUGGCUUGGGUAACUGCUCACUUUCCAUUGUUUCUCCAAAGCUUGAAUUGCUCGAGGUGCAAGGUUGUAGUUGGAUUAGGGUUCGAGAGACCCAAUGCUUAAGAAAUCUUUCCAUUGCCAAUAAUUCCGGGAGAGUUUACAUGGUGGAUUUUGGAAAACUUGUGGGUCUUGAGUUCUUGUCCAUUAGAGGGGUGCAGUGGUGUUGGGAUGCAAUAAGCAAAAUGCUUCAAUUGGCAAAUAAAGUGAAGCAUCUCUAUAUGAAGGUGGAGUUCACUGGGGAUUUUGAAGCCCUCUUGCCCUUUCCGGAGAUUGAUUUUGUCGAAUUCUUUAACAGCCAUCCCAAGCUGCGAAAAUUCGAUAUGCAUGGUGCCAUGUUUGCUGCUCUUUGUCAGAAAAACAGCUUGAAAAAUGUGGAUUCGAGAUUUGUGAUUCCCUGCCUUGAGGAGGCAGUGGUCACAGUGAGAUCACCAUUAAAUGCAGAACAGAAAAUGAGCACUCUCGAAUCAUUGGUCAAGUAUGGUAAGAAUUUGAAGAAGAUGACCGUAAGGAUUCUUGAUAUGAAGAGCAGCCAUAGCAGCGCAGAUGAUUUCUUCCAGGAGAUUUGCAGGUUUAGAUGCUUGAACCGCAAGAUUGUUUCAAUAGAGUAACAGCUCAAUGAGCACUUUACCCAUAAUUUCUAAUUCAUUGAAAUCAUUUUUGUUGUUGUAGUUGUUCUCUAAUUGACUGCUUAAAAAAUUCUGAUGUUUUGGACAAUUGCUCGAUCAUUCUUCAAUAAGUAUAAUCAUUAACAUCCUUUA